CCCCGAAAGCGCUCUUAUUCAUUUAGAGAUUCAUCUAAACACGUGCAUCGACAAAGACCCUGAAGAGGCUCUUCGCUUCUUCCCGCACCCUAAACUCAACCGCUGAGUUUCCUGUAACUCCAAUAUCAAACAUCCAUCCCUUCACCACCCUCACAUUAAACCAAAAUGCCCAAACCACCACAACCCCAAACCCUCUCCUCGCCACCAUCCCCAACAACCAUAGCAAAACAAGAACUAACCUCCAUAACCCAAAUCCUCCAACUCACGCACCACCGCAACAAAAACCAGCACCGCCUCGCAAAAUGGUGGAAACCGUUCUCCGUCCUCCGACGCAAUAUCUCAGAACUCCUCGCUGAAGUCGAUGCAUUGGAAACAGCUGAGAAGUUCUCUACUGGAGAGAAGGGAGGGAGGUAUGUGAGGGACGCACGUGAGGUCGUUGAGCGCAGGGUGGAGUUUGUGGAGGUUUGGGUGCUGGAGAAGGCUUUUGUGGCUUUUUCGACGGUGGUGAAGGAUUUGCAGUAUGCGAGUUUGGGGUUGUUGCUUUUGGGAAUGCUGGCGAAGAUUAAGGCUGUGAUUCGGCCUUUGGGGAGAGAGAAAAUGGAGGAUGAAGAGGAGGUUGAGGUUGAGACUGAUGGACCUGAGCAGUUUACUGAUGCAUCAGGUGAUCCUCAAGAAAAACAGGAUCUUGGAGAGGUGGUCAGGAGGGAGGAGCUCGCAGGUGUUCUUCGGGAAGAAGAGAAAGAUGAAGAGGAAGUCGACGUGGUGCUGAAGACACCGAAACCCAAAGAGACGAAGAAUGAAGUCAAGAUUGCUUCAGAGAGCGAGGUUGAAACGCAGGCAAAGAAGAGAAGCAAAGAGGAGAAGAAAAAGAAGAAGCGGAAAAGAGGUGAUGCUUUUGAUGAUCUAUUCGAUAGCAUAAUUUAAGAGAACCU